AUGUCGGCAAGUUUCGAUUCGGCCAUUGUUGUUUCCGAGGCUCCGGUGAAGCUCUGCUCUUCAUCGCCGUCUUCUUCUUUUGGUGGCCGCACGCGAAAAUCCCUCUGCUGUGGACUCCAGCAGAGCUCUUUCUCUCUCUACCCGACUGUAUCGAUGCGUUUGAGGCCCAAGAGGACUUGUUCUGGAGUUGUGUGUUUUGGGGGUUAUCACAUAAACCGGUUAUUCAAUAUUUUAGCCAAAGACAGUUUCCUUGAACAAAUCAACCCUUUGCCGAAAAGCAAGAGCCCGACACCCGACAGACCCAUGAAGAAGGUCCGCAUCAUUUGGGACGACCCGGAUGCCACUGACUCAUCAGGUGAUGAGCUAUCUUCUGAGAAAAGGGUGAGACGUGUAGUCCAAGAAAUCUUUUUGUCAGACAAUGAGCUUGAGAGUUUGGUCGAGGAGAGCAACAACAGUGAGAAGAAGGGUUGUGUGGAGAAAUACAGGGGCGUCCGUUUUAGAAAAUGGGGCAAAUGGUCUGCCGAGAUUCGUGAUCCUUUCAAGCAGAAACGGGUCUGGCUGGGCACCUACAACACGGCUGAGGAGGCCUCGAGAGCCUACGAGUCAAAGAGGGUUGAGUUUGAGACCCUUUCUAUGAGGAGCUCGAAUGAGGUCUCUAAAUAUGAUGGAAAUACCAUUGGCCGCAAACUUUCUGAGUUCUCGAUUGGGAGUACCGACUCGCUUGUAUCUCUCACUUCCCCGUUGUCAGUUUUGGAGCUCGACAACUUGAGCUUGAAGAUGGAGGAUGAUGUUCUUGUGGAGGCUAAGGUUGUUGAGAAGAAAGGGGAUACUGAGAUUGGGCUUAUGAACAAGGAGCUAAUUGAUUUGGAUGUGGAGCUCGGUAUGCUUGUUGGAGGCAGUGAUUUUGGACCGUUGGAUGAUUUUGCAAUAUGUUUUGAUGAUUUCCCGAUUUGCGGAGUGGAUGGUGGGGACCACCAGAGCUUGUUGCCGGAAUUCGAUUUCGAUUUGGAUGCGUGUAAUGAGACCUUUUCUUGGAUGGAUGAGGGGAUGAAUGGAGUGACUCUCAAUAUAGCAUGCCCAUAA